AUGAUUGCUAUGAUUUCAGGAGUCGACAUAGACAAUUUGAAGCGCUCAUUGGGCUUGAAGGGAGGAAGUCACGCCGAAAACACGUGGCAUCGGUGGCUGUCUUUUGCACUUGAGGCCAAUAAACAUCCAAUGCCUCCUAGAGGGUCUCCAAACUCCUCUGAGCUUCUCACGAUCCGCAAUCAAGCUAAUUCGAAGGCUUAUCAAGCUCUCAAAGACGAAGAACUCGAUGUUUUCACAGCCGAAAUCUUCUUCUCCCUCGGAGGUUACCCAGACUACUCUUCAAUAGUUAUACCGGAGGAUAAUGUACACGGAGACUCUGAAAUACUAGUUCCAGAAGUUCCUAAGCUGGCUCCUGAGGAAGAAGAACUGUACCGUCCUAUCUAUAACCGACUUGUCGAUCAGGAUAAGGUCACCAGGGACCGCGAGCUGAAUACACCCAGCAACUCAUCUCGAAAAGAAGAGAAACGCUCGCUACAAUGUAUCAAAAAGAUAGCACAGCAUCUUGCGCGGGACCAUCAACUAGUUGGCCUAGAAUAUUAUCUUAUCGCCUGUAGUAAUACAACUGUAGGUGGUGGAUGGUGUCGGGAGUAUACGAGUCGUGACGAGAUAUCUACGUGGGUUUCGACCAAGGCUAACCUGCAAGAGGUGUUUCCCUUAUACUGUCAGCAUCGGGCUACCAUUGAAGAGGUGAAUACUGUGGCAGCCAAAGCCAAACCCAAUGAUCCUAAACCACCAAAUAAAUCCGACCAAGAUAAGAAGAAACUAGGUGGGCUAUUGAACAAAAUGGUUGAUGAUCUCAUCGGGUAUCACCCUGCUCAUGGCUUUCCCCGUGUCCCCGAUCCUGUCUGGGCCAUCACCGAUCGCAAAAUACCGAUUAUUGUUGAGCGUGAUGAUGACUCAGAGAUGACCCCCGAGGAGUUUUCCCUUGGUUUCAAUGGCAUGAAUGCAAGAGCUCGACGUCACUGGCUUGCCGACAUUGACAGUGGUAAAUUUAGGAUCAAGAAGAAGGUUACAAGCAAUGAAAGUGAUGCAACAGGUGCUGGUACAUCUGGUUUGAACGAUACUAGUGCAGCUACUAAUUCCAAUGAUCAACAAACAACUGAUACACACGAUGAUAAUCAAGUAGACACGAAUGAUCUGGGAAACGGUAAUGCAGCAGCACAGGCUGAUCUUGAUGGGGAGCCAUUGAAUUGA